UCGGGUGUCUGGACAGAGGGAUAGAGAGAGAAGAAGAAGAAGGUUCUGGUUUUUAUUAUCCUAUCCAAAAACUCAGCUCAGUGUUGUUUCUUCCUUCACAAAAGGAUUUUGCAGAAGGUUUUGAGCAAUGGCGGCUCUACAGAGCUCCUUUACUGGUCUCUCUAUAUCCUCCACCUCCUUCUUCGGCCAACGCUUUUCUCCUCCUCUCUCCUUUCCUCUGGUUAAAUCAACAGAAGGUCCAUGUUUGAUUACAGCAAAGCUUAAGCGAUGGGAGCGUAAAGAAUGUAAGCCAAACAGCCUUCCAGUACUACACAAAAUGCAUGUAAGGCUGGGUGAUACUGUAAAGGUAAUAUCCGGCCAUGACAAAGGUAAAAUCGGAGAGAUCACCGAGAUCAUCAAGCACAACAGCAAAGUAGUAGUAAAAGAGGUGAACUUGAAAACCAAGCAUGUGAAGAGUCGGAGUGAGGAGGAACCAGGCCAGAUAGUCAAGAUUGAAGCUCCUAUUCACAGCUCAAACGUGAUGCUUUACUCAAAAGACCAGAAGGUAACCAGUCGGGUGGGCCACAAAACGUUAGACAAUGGAAAAAGAGUCCGGUACCUCAUUAAAACUGGGGAAAUCAUCGAUAGUGCAGAGAACUGGAAGAAAGCAGUCAAAGAGAAGGGGAAAACAACAGAAGCAGUAGCUGCUGCUUCCUAGGAGAUCACUGGUCUGUAAAUUCUAGUUCGAUUUUGCUAGUUUUGAACCUUCUCUCAUUGAUAUAUUAUGAUUCUGUUAUCACCUUCAACUUUUUAAAUCAGUAACAGAAGAUUUUAUAUUAAAGUACAUUU